AUAAAUUGAGUAAUCAUUGUAGACGAGCAAUAUUGCGAAAUACUUUUCUCGUUAGAAAUUAAGUUUUUAUAUAUUCAAUAACUUAUUUAUUAGUUUUAAACUACACGAACUGUGAUAUCUAUUAUUUUAUACAAAAUGUCGAAUCCCUGGAAGAAAGUUCAAACACCAGUUGACACACAAAAUCUUUCGGAUAUUAUGUCAGAGGAAUAUGCAAGAGGACUUCAAGUAAAAGAAGAGAUAAAAUUCGCAGAACAGGUAUCGGAUCAGCAUAUAGCUACAGAAUCAAACGAUGUGCCUCCUGAAAUUUUACAACAGAUUGCUGAAUGUAACAUGAAAGAUUAUUGCGACUCGGACGCAAUCAUUGCGAAAGUUCUGCAAUGUCAAUUCGAUAAAGAAUACGAUGAUGAGGUGAAGAGAGUGGAAAAGAAGAAAAAUGGGGAUGCGAAGGUAUCAGUGUCCUAUAAUAAUUACCGCAACAUUCCCGAUCAUUUGGUAUACGACUCGGAUUCGGACGAUGAUGUCGAACAGGCGAGUAAGAAAGAUUGGGAUCGCUUCGAAACCAAUGAAAAAGAAUACGCAAGUCUUCCGAAAAGAGGUUUUAUUAUGAAAGACGGCGAAAUGGUGACUAAACACGACAGUGUUAUUAACGGGAGAAGAAAUGCUUGCCGUAUUAUGGCCUUCCCACCAGAAGUGUGCACUGGAGAUGGUGCUGGAUUUGAUAUGAAAUUACCAAACUCUGUGUUCAAUCAACUUAAAGAGCAUACGAAAUGCAACCAAAAGAAACAUAAACUGCUGGAUAGAAAGGAGAGCCAAGCUACUGCUGAAAUGGGUCUGGAUGAGCCAACAAGACUUAUCCUGUUUAAGAUGAUUAACAAUGGGAUGUUGGAAGAUAUUAAUGGAAUUAUAUCUACCGGCAAAGAAUCUGUUGUGUUGCACGCCAAUGGUGACCAGUCAUUCCCAGAUUUGGUUGUUCCUAAAGAAUGUGCAAUAAAAGUAUUCAAAACUACAUUGAAUGAAUUUAAAACUCGAGAUAAAUAUAUUGAAGCCGACUAUAGGUUCAAAGAUCGCUUCUCUAAGCAGAAUCCUAGGAAAAUAGUGCACAUGUGGGCUGAGAAGGAAAUGCACAACAUGAUGAGAAUACAGAAGAUAGGUUUAAACUGUCCUGACAUGGUGUGUCUGAAGAAGCAUAUUUUAGUGAUGUCUUUUAUUGGGCGAGACAACAAACCUGCCCCAAAACUGAGGGAUGUUAUAUUGAAGCCUGAGAAAUGGGAGAGUGUGUACAAUGAGAUUGUUGAUGCCAUGCACAAGCUUUAUAAUGUGGGGCAUCUUGUUCAUGCUGAUUUAUCUGAAUACAACAUUCUCUGGUGGGAGAACAAAUGCUGGUUCAUUGAUGUUUCUCAGUCCGUGCAACCUGAUCAUCCUAAUGGUCUAGAGUUCCUAUUGAGAGACUGCAGGAAUAUUAUAAAUUUCUUUGAGAAAAAAGGUGUACUAAAUAUCAAGUCAGCUGAUGAACUCUUUAAGAGCAUAACUGGAUUUGAUGAAGUGGAUGUUAAUUUGUUAGAGGGAGUCCAUACAACAUACAAUGCCUUGUCUUCAAGGUUUGAGAUUGCUCCAGACGAUAAUAGAAAUGUUAGCUAUCCAUUUGAAUAUUGCUGGCAAAAAACUAGUGAAGUAAAGCAACCCAAGGAAGAUAUUGUGAACAGUGAUGAAGAUGAAUUUGAGGAAAUGUGGACACAUUCUAUUCAGAAUAAACCAGUUGAUGUAGCAGCUAACUUUGGCAAUGAAGUGCAAAUGCCAGGAAGCACCUCACAAACAAUCAUAGACAAGAAUGUCAGUUUUGGCAAUGUUAUAGAUGUUGCCAUACCUAAAAAGGUUGGGGAUAUAAGUAGUGGGUUCAUUGAUAAAAAGUCUUAAACUUUUAUAAAAGUAUUUGUACAUUUGAAUUUUAUUGCGACAUAAAUACGUUUAUGGCAAGGAAUUUUAUUCUUUCAUGAAGGAUGCAGGAAAAAAAAC